CGUCGUUUUCACUUUCACUUUCUCUCUCUGCUUUAUAUUUUCAGCGUUUCUUGCGCCAAUUACAGUGCCGCUGAGCGGCAUGUGAGAGGAGCAGACUGUGAAAAAAGCUAUGCCUCGCUGGAGUUUUCUUUCUACAUCAAACAUUUACAUUCAGUAAUUCUCCAAAUUCUUGGAGCUGAGGACUCAUCAUUCAUGGCUCAACAACAACAGCAGGAAGAUGGUUGGCCUCUUGGCCUUAGACCACUGAACUCAAGAGUUGGGUUUGUAAGAAACCGCAAUAUCUCCGGAUCAGUUUCUUUCAGUACUUUGCUCUCUGGUUCUCCCAGUUCCCUCACAGAUUCUUCUUCAGAUCCUGAAACUGAGUCCACUGGUUCUUUCUUCCAUGAGAAGAGCAUUACGCUUGGGAGCCUCAUUGGUGUUUCUAACAUUCUGGAGCUCUCGCGAAGAUCGGUGAGAAGAAGAGCAACAGAAAGCUUAAGAGACCAGAAGAACUACAAAUCCAAAACUUGGUUGUUUUCACUCUGCUCAAAGCUAACCACUGAUGCUGUGAACACAAACAACACUCCAUCUCUUGGUCACUUUCUUGAAGCAGAAAGGAGAGCUGCCAGCAAUUUUAGAAGGAAUCAGAACGUACCCAUCUAUGAAUCUAAUGAUUUCUCAUCAGUUUCAAAUCCAAAUUCUCUAUUUGCCGAUGGCCAAAUCGCAACUCAUUCAAAUGCUUCAUAAGGUGCAGACAGUGAGACAGGAUCCAACAGAGAACUAUUGGAACAUGGAAAUGGAUCUAGAGU